UCAUUCCUUCUGAAUACAUAUUCAACCCUUUCGUUUUUCGCUGUCCUUUUCCAUCCUUAUCGGACUCUUUCUCGCCUUAUCGUUCUCUCGCGUCCAUUCAAGACUCUUUCUCUCUUUACUACCUGUCUUCCACAGUUCCACUUCGUCCUCAUUCUUGAUUGUUGCUAGGUUGUUUUUUUAAGUUGAUUACAAGUUGCUAUGGCUGAAACCCACAGGACUGGAAGUGCAAGCUCGAGCUCAAGUUUGAAUAGCAGCUUGCAGGAUACCGAGGAAGACCGCACCCUUGCAAGCAUAUUAGCUCAAAAGGAAAAUUCACAAGCUGACAAUAGGCUUGGGAAACGACUAUCCCAUUUGGAUUCUAUUCCGCACACUCCUCGGGUUAAUGGAGAGAUUCCUGAUGUGAAUGACGCUACAUUAGAUCACGAGAGGCUGUCUGAAAGGUUAGCUGCUUAUGAUUUAGCAGAACUCCAAAUCGAGGGUGAUGGAAAUUGUCAGUUUCGAGCCUUAGCAGAUCAGUUAUUUCGCAACUCUGAGUAUCACAAGCAUGUAAGGAGGCAGGUUAUUAAGCAGCUAAAGCAUUUCAGAAAGCAAUAUGAAGGUUAUGUACCAAUGGAGUACAAAAGCUACCUGAAGAAGAUGAAAAAAUCAGGGGAGUGGGGAGAUCAUGUAACUCUACAAGCAGCCGCAGACAGAUUUGGUGCCAAAAUUUGUUUAGUCACCUCGUUCAAAGACACAUGCUAUGUUGAGAUACUUCCCACUGACAGAAAUCCCUCUAAAGAACUUUGGCUAAGCUUUUGGAGUGAAGUGCAUUAUAAUUCAUUAUAUGCAACAGCAGAUGUUCCUUCUGCGGCACCCAAAAGAAAGCAUUGGUUGUUUUUCUAGAAAAAAAUGGCAGAAUGUGAAGUCUUGCAAAACUCAUAUCUAAUGAGGGCCUUCUUGAAUUGAAGCUGGAAUCAGAAGAGAUAGCGACUCCCCUAGGGUUGGGGCCUUAUUCCUCACCACGCAUCAAAAGCUUUAUUAUGCUGAGCCUUAGCACAAAUUAUAUAUUAAUAGGCCAAAGCUUUUCAUUGUUGGGACAGGUUGGGGUAUUGCUGGGAGGAUAUUACAAAGAUUUUUGUAAAGCAUUAGCAAAUUCCUUUUGAUCAAGAUGAUGAUUCCUUGUAUUUCAAGAGGCGUGGAGGUUAUUUUUUUUUAUUAUUAUUAUUUAUACAGUUACUUAUUAUUUAUGGGCCGAGCCAAGAAAGUUACUUA